AUGAAUAAUUCUACUCUAAAUCAAUAUCAACAAUUUCUUUUGAGAAAUUUAACAUUAUUUUUAACUACGAAAUAUUCAACAACAUCUAAAAAACCUAUUCAAUAUAAGUCAUACAGUUUGGCGUUGAAACUUCUGACUAUAUUCGCAGUUGUUUUUAUUUUUAUCAUGAUUCUUAUUCGUUUAUGUUAUAAGUUUUUGAAGCGAUCUCGUUCUUCAAAUAAUUUAUCAUCAAAUCAUCGUAUGCCUAUUAUACGACCUGAAGUAUCUACUAUUGAACUACCACAUUAUAAACCAGAUUUACCACCAGCUUAUCCUGAAGCCAUAGCUAAUAUUGAUAACGAUGAUAAUAAAUUACCAUCAUAUGAUGAUUUAAAAAAUGAACAAACUGUACAUAGUGCAGUGCCAUCACAAACAUGA